UGUCACAUGACAGAUAUACCAGGAUGUGGGGGUGGAGGCUGGACACUAGUGAUGAAGCUCGACGGGAAUAAGAAUACAUUCAUUUAUAAUUCCAAACUGUGGACGAACAAGGAGACAUACGCCAUACAAGAUGGUUUGGAAGGACUGGCAAAGAAAGAAAGCAAGUUAGAUUCUUACUGCAAAACACCGUUCACAAAGAUAUGCCUGGGUAUGUCGUAUAACGGAGACAAAAGGUGGAUGACCUUCAAAUAUACCGCAAGUUCGUUGUACAGUGUGUUAGCCGACGGACAAUUUAGAGCAACGACCGCUGGCCGAACAGCAUGGAAAUCUCUGAUCGCAGGCUCAUCAUUGCAGAGAAACUGCAAUAAAGAGGGUUUUAAUGUACUCCGUGUAUAUGACUAUAAACUCCGUAUUGGUAUCGUUGCUAAUGAACAAAAUGAUUGUAACUCGUGUGAUUCUUGGCUUGGAUUUGGAACAGCGAUCAAUGGGAAGACUUGCGGCAAUUUCGCCGCCCACUCACCGGAUAACGGUUACAAAGAUUUAGUGACAUUUGCAUAUAUUCUGGUUCAAUAGUUACCUAAAAUACUUUGCGUGUUUCACGAGUCUCGUCUCAAUUCAGAAAAUACCAGGCACUCGGAUUACGACACGAUUAAAUACGUAGCUUGUGUAAUUUGCAAAGAUUGUUUCGAAGAUGGUAAUCCAUCUCCAUCGCGCUGUCAGGCGAUUAACGCGAUGAUAUUCUAUUAUU